AGGAUUUUUUUUUUUUACCCAGCUAUACGUUAUUUUUUAAAUAACGUAUAGCUGGGUUUUGCCAUCACAAACGGGUGCUCCAGCAGAAGUGAAUGAAAAUGUCCACUAGAACUCCCUUGCCCACGGUGAACGAACGCGACACUGAAAAUGAUGCUGGAACGUCAGUAGGGGAAAGCUUUUGUGAAAAGCACACUUCUCAUGGUGAAGGACGGCAGGAUGUUUCCUCUCGGACGAGUCGUUCUGGGGCUCGCUGUAGGAAUUCUAUAGCUUCCUGUGCGGAUGAGCAGCCCCAUAUCGGGAAUUACCGACUUCUCAAAACAAUCGGGAAGGGGAAUUUUGCAAAAGUGAAAUUGGCCAGGCACAUCCUCACCGGCAGAGAGGUUGCAAUAAAAAUAAUUGACAAAACUCAGUUGAAUCCGACUAGUCUACAGAAGCUGUUCAGGGAAGUAAGGAUAAUGAAGAUUUUAAAUCAUCCAAAUAUAGUUAAAUUAUUUGAAGUAAUUGAAACAGAAAAAACGCUCUACUUAAUCAUGGAGUAUGCAAGUGGAGGGGAGGUUUUUGAUUAUCUAGUUGCACAUGGAAGAAUGAAGGAAAAGGAGGCAAGAGCUAAAUUUAGACAGAUAGUGUCUGCCGUGCAGUAUUGCCACCAAAAGCAUAUUGUUCAUAGAGAUCUAAAGGCUGAAAAUCUAUUGUUAGAUGCCGACAUGAACAUUAAAAUAGCUGAUUUCGGUUUUAGCAAUGAGUUUACAGUUGGAAAUAAACUGGACACAUUUUGUGGCAGUCCUCCGUAUGCUGCUCCUGAACUCUUUCAAGGCAAAAAGUAUGACGGGCCCGAAGUUGACGUUUGGAGUUUAGGCGUAAUUCUUUACACUCUUGUGAGUGGAUCUCUGCCUUUCGAUGGUCAGAAUCUUAAGGAAUUGAGAGAGAGAGUACUAAGAGGGAAAUACAGGAUUCCUUUCUACAUGUCCACAGACUGUGAAAACCUGCUAAAACGUUUCCUGGUGCUAAACCCAACUAAAAGAGGCACUCUUGAGCAAAUUAUGAAGGACAGGUGGAUCAACGCAGGCCAUGAGGAUGAUGAACUUAAACCUUUUGUUGAGCCAGAGCUAGACAUCUCAGACCAGAAGAGAAUAGACAUUAUGGUUGGAAUGGGAUAUUCUCAAGAAGAAAUACAGGAAUCCCUUAGUAAAAUGAAAUACGAUGAAAUCACUGCUACGUAUUUGCUACUGGGAAGGAAGUCAUCGGAGUUGGAUGCCAGCGACUCAAGCUCCAGCAGCAACCUUUCGCUCGCUAAAGUCAGGCCAAGUAGUGAUCUCAACAACAGCACAGGACAAUCUCCACAUCACAAGGUGCAGAGAAGUAUAUCUUCCAGCCAGAAGCAGCGACGGUACAGCGAUCAUGCUGGUCCAUCUAUUCCUCCAGUAGUGGCAUAUCCAAAAAGAAGUCAGACCAGCACUGCAGAUGGCGACCUCAAGGAAGACAGGAAGUCUAGUAGCAGUGCUGCUGGAGGAAGAGGGAUCGCUCCUGCCAGCCCCAUGCUUGGGAAUGCCAGCAAUCCCAAUAAGGCCGAUAUUCCUGAGCGGAAGAAAAGCUCUGCUGCCCCUAACAACAACAGUGCUCCUGGAGCCAUGACCCGGCGCAAUACGUAUGUUUGUAGUGAACGGACCGCUGCAGACAGGCAUUCAGUCAUUCAGAAUGGGAAGGAGAGCAGCCUGACAGAAAUGUUCGCUUAUGCGGCUAGCCCUGCUACGGUAUAUACCACAACCUCCGUCAGUGUUCGGCUGCGACAUCAGAAGUCGAUGUCCAUGUCGGCCUCUGUGCAUGCGAAGAUGAUGUUGCCUGCAGUAAACAAUGUCACAGAUAACUUCAGGUCUAUUGCUGCUCCUGAUCAAAGAACCCCGGUUGCUUCAACUCACAGCAUCAGCAGCGCAACGACGCCGGAUCGGAUCCGUUUCCCAAGAGGCACUGCCAGCCGUAGCACCUUCCACGGUCAGCUCAGAGAACGGCGCACCGCCACUUACAACGGACCGCCUGCGUCGCCCAGUCUGUCCCACGAAGCAACGCCGCUUUCGCAGACACGAAGUAGGGGCUCCACUAACCUAUUCAGUAAAUUAACCUCAAAGCUAACGAGAAGAAACAUGUCAUUCAGGUUUAUCAAAAGGCUCCCGACUGAAUAUGAGAGGAACGGGAGAUAUGAGGGCUCAAGCCGCAACGUGGCCGGGGAUCAGAAGGACGACAACAAGGAAGGGAAGCCCCGCUCUCUGCGCUUCACCUGGAGCAUGAAGACCACCAGCUCCAUGGACCCGAAUGACAUGAUGAGGGAGAUCCGCAAAGUCCUGGACGCCAACAACUGUGACUAUGAACAGAGAGAGCGCUUCUUGCUUUUCUGCGUCCAUGGGGACGGCCACGCAGAAAACCUCGUGCAGUGGGAGAUGGAGGUGUGCAAGCUGCCAAGACUGUCCCUGAACGGAGUUCGCUUCAAACGGAUAUCGGGAACAUCCAUAGCUUUUAAAAACAUUGCUUCCAAAAUCGCCAAUGAGUUAAAGCUGUAAUGUGAGAAGAGCAAUCGAGUUUGUAAAUUUAAAAAACAAAGUAGCAAUUUCAAUUUUUUUUUUUUUUUUGAGAACAACAAUGGAAAUGUAUAGAAUAAUAUUUAGGGCAAUAACUUCUGCAUCUUCUGAAUCAUGAUAUUAAA